AUGUCCUCGCUGCUACGCGGGAGAGGACGACCUCGCUGCUACGCGGGAGAGGACGUCUUCGCUGCUACGCGGGUGAAGACGUCUUCGCCGCUACAUGGGAGAGGACGUCUUCGGUCACUACGGGAGAGGACGUCUUCGCACACUCCAGGCCAAAGACGUCUUCACAAGCAAAGACCCAACGGACCGAAGACGGCUCAAACCGAAGUCCAGUCUAGUCACGAGGCCCAGAGAACUAACUGA